CGGAGCACAUGACCUGUUGGAAGUCACAAACCUCAUUUCCGCUUAAAUACGAGCGGAAAUCCCCUCCUUCCUCAUUCCAGAAUCCGCCGGCUUGAGGAACGAUGGUGAAGCUCUUCUGUGCGGUUGUUGGAGUGGCGGGAAGCGCUUUCCGUGUGGACAUCGACGCGAGUCAACUGGUGGGAGACUUGAAGAAGGUGAUCAAGGGGAAGAACCCAGCGACGAUCACUUGCGACGCCAAGGACCUGCGUCUCUUCCUGGCGAAGGCGGAGAAAGGCGCCGGAGCGUGGCUGACGGAGAACGACUUGAACGAAGGUGUGAGUGACACGAGUGAUUUGAAGCUAUUGGGCGCUGCGGGAGCGCCGCUCAACUUGGUUGGCUUGUCGGAGAAGGACGUCAAGUUCGUACCCACGCUAGAGGAUGUCGAGCCGAUGAACACACCUGUUCACGUGCUGGUGGUGGUUCCUGAAGGUGCCACGAGCGAACACGAUUCAUGGGCUCUGUUUCGAGAAAUUAACGUUCGGCAAAUGCGGCUUGAAAUGCAACUUGAGCAACUUGUGGCCUCUUUGCCACACAAACCGUCCAACUCCUACUCUAAUGCGUCAUUGGGUCAACUUGAGCUUCGAAGAUUGGAAAAGGACCAAUUGAUCAUUGAAGUUGCGCCAAUAGGAGAUGGAGAAGCAUUUUGGUCGGAGGAAACUCAGAUUAAAGCCGACGCCAUUACGGAUGAGACUGAUUUCGACGCCUUUAUUACUCCGUAUUUCAGCGACAUCUUACACAGCUGUGGUAUGGUCUUCGUCAAUAGCGAGAGAUAUGAAUGGCUGUCCCAGUCCGCAGUUGUGAUCAAGAAUAAAGAUCUCAAACCGGAUGGAUUUGCGACUCACCGCGGUAUGUUUCGUGGCAAGCCAGUACCAAACGAUGGAGUGCCACGUCCGAGUGGAUUUCGGUUUGGAGUAGCAGAGGACGAAUUGUUUGACUGCCUCAUUCUAUUCGAAAGCAAGCUCACCAUAACUGAAGCUGCGUUUGGACAAGUGGCACGAUAUCUACAGAAUCUUCUCCCCGAGGCACCAGCAAGCGCUAUUCUGUUUGAUCGCCGCUCAUUUUGGUUGAUUAAAAGCCACAAAUCGGUCGUUGUCAAAGUUCAAAUUGCAAAGUGGACCAACAACGGAUCGAAAUCAUUGUUUCGGAACUUCAUUACUGACAACGUAUCUCCGUGGGUGUCGCUCUUGACUCUUGCUUGCUCGUGUUUGGGCGUCGACGUGGUGGAGGGCGAUGCGUUUCUUGGUCGUGGCGCUCAUGGACGCGUGUUUAAGGUCAUUCGACGCGAAGGGGAGGUUUUUGCACUAAAACUUGUGGAGAAAUGUUCCGUGGGACAUUUUUAUCAAGAGAAGAAGGCCUUGACGUGUGCCCAGCGUACAGGCUUGACAACAAGUCUUGUGGGAGAGGUCAUAACUCCUGAAGGUGCAGCACUAUUGCUGUCUCCAGUUGGGGAACCUCUGCCUCGCCCAAGGACACAACAAGAAGUACGAAGCCUCUUUGAACUGUUAUGGCAGCUUCACGCGAAUAACCUGGUGCAUGGAGAUCCUCGCGUGCCAAACGUGAUUCUUCACGGAGGAAAACGUCUCUGGAUUGAUUUAGUGGAAGUGAUGGAAGCGAGCUCCACUUUGAAGCGAGUUGAUGCUGAAAUUCUCACACGGUCCACCCUCAACGUUUCUCGGACAAUUGUGCUGGAUCCGGCGCUGGUGCAGUUGAUUGACAAGUAUGGCGAAAGAGCUACGAGAGAAAACCUUGAUCGUCUGGCCCAGGCAGUCUGGCAGAAGUUGGUGUGUCAAAUUAGCUGCAAGUUUUCAAACUGAAUACAUGGUUACUUUCGUGGUUUUUGCUCAGUAAACUUCUCUCUCAAAGCCUGUCUAAACCGAUAGUGUCGAGAUAGUAGCGAUUUGCCUCCUUUCCUGAGCUACUUCUUACACAAUGUAUUGAUCCCGAAAAGCUCGUUGGAUAUAUUAUCCCC